GCGGGCUUGGGGGCGGACUCAGGAGUCUGCGGGGCUGCGGGCUCGGGCUCGGGCUCAGAUUCGGUGCGGGCAGGCGCGGGAGUGGUCGGGCCGAACCAGGAGCAGCGGUCCCGGCUCCCCGCAGGGAUGCGCGGCGGCGGCGGCUCCAGCGGCGGCGGCGGCUGCGGUGGCGGCGCCUCGGAGCCCGAGCCGGGUUUCGAGGCGGUGGGGAGCGAGGCCCCCGCGGGCCGCUGGUUGCGCCUGGCGCCCGUGUGUGCCUACUGCGUGUGUGUGUCGCUGGCCGCGGCGCUGCUGGCCGCCUACUAUGGGCUCGUGUGGGCCCCCGCGCGCCCGCCCGCCUCGCCGCCAGCCCCGCGCCCCUCGGCGCCUGCCUCCACCCUGCGGCCCCCGGGCCCUCCUGUAGUCCGGCCGCCCUCGCCGCCGCGGGUCAGGCGUCUGGGGCCCGCGGCCCCCCGAAGCUGCCGCCCGGGAUCCCGCGCCGGAGUCGCCGCCGCCGCCGCUGGAGCCACCGCGGCCGCACCACGAGCCCCGGGUAGAUAGACGAGGCGGCUCGACCCGGCGGCUGCCUCGACCCCAACCCCACCUGCAGCCGCCACCGUCUGGGCCUCGGAAUCGCCGGAGGGGCGUCGGAACCACCGCCAAGAUCCCGACGAGGGCUCCACGCGCGGCCGGACGUGCGCUUCCUCCCCGGACCCCCCUCCCCCGGACCCCCUUUCCCCGGCCCAGCUGGAGGCUUUGUGCCUCCAGAUGUGCAUCCUCUUCCAGAUGUGCACCUCCCUCCCCCAACCUGCACAUCCCCUACCAGAUGUGCGCCUUCCUCCCCCAUCCGCACCCUCCAGCUCAGAUGGAGGCUCUCUGCUUCCAGAUGUGCGCCUCCCUGCCUCAUACCCCCCCCCCGAACCCCUCCCCUUCCAGAUGUGCGCCUCCAUCUCUUGGAGCCCGGACAUCUCCCCACCUCCCGCCCCGACACCCCCAUCUCUGAUGGAGGCUCUCCGCUUCCAAAUGUUCACCCCCCCCCCCAGAUGUGCAGGCCCCGCGGAAUGGGGGAUAGCGAAGGAGGCGGGGCGGCCUUCCCCCGGCUGCCUGAGGCCUUCUGCGAUGGCACCGGGGACCCUUCUCGUCUACAUGGCCGGGUCCUUCGGGGCACCCGGAGCCCAGCCGCGGACCAGCCUCGACUUCCCUGAGAGGGAGGCCGCGGGAGCCUCUCGGAACAAUCCCUCCCCGUGGUGACUUCCCUGCCUCGUCUAGCGCUCCUGUCCGGGGGUGUGUGUGUACGUGUGUAUAUGUGUGUGUAUGUGCUUCCUAUUUGAAAAUAAACUCCUCCAUUCCCCAGCA